GGGCCCUGAGCUCAUAGGUCGUGGUUUUUCUUUGGGGAGCUGUUGUGAAAAUGUCUGGCCGUGGCAAAGGCGGGAAAGGUCUUGGGAAAGGGGGCGCCAAGCGUCAUCGCAAGGUGCUUCGUGACAACAUCCAGGGCAUAACCAAGCCUGCCAUCCGUCGCUUAGCUCGCCGUGGCGGAGUGAAGCGUAUUUCUGGGCUGAUCUAUGAAGAGACUCGCGGCGUGCUGAAGGUUUUUCUGGAGAACGUCAUCAGGGACGCUGUGACUUACACCGAGCACGCCAAGAGGAAGACGGUGACCGCCAUGGAUGUGGUGUACGCCUUGAAGCGCCAGGGCCGCACUCUCUACGGCUUUGGCGGUUAAGUAUUCCUGAGUACAGCUAACAAGUUUAACGGCCCUUUUAAGGGCCACCCACUCGGACAUAAAAGGCUGAAUUUUCUGGUGUUUCCAUGCACUUUGUACAUUUAUAUCCCUUCUACACGACUUUGAAAAAGCUGGGACGACAUAAAACUUACGUUUGUGGUCCUAAUUGAUGGCAUUCAGAAAGUGCUUGCUAUUGGUUUAGGGAGUUAUCACCGUUAAAGCCUCAGUUUUCUCCUUUUUAUAAAAUGCAUUGCUUUUUGAGUAUGAUUUCAAGGUAGAGACAGACUUUUGUUCAUAUCUCAUUAAAGGAUGCUUUUUGUCAAUA